GGCCAAGAUCUCAUCCUCUCUUUAUUGUGAACUCUCUUCAUCAUCCAUCUCUAACACCAAUCUAUUUUAGAUUCAGCCAUAUCUUUACCGUGCAUCACCAAAAAUCUAAAACCAAAGCCCAGAUCUCCUGUUUCUUUCUCUCUCCAUAUGGGUUUUGACUCCUCUCCACGUUGCUCUUGAUUAAUUUAGAAUCUGAAGGCAGUGUGCGUUGUGUUAUAUUUCUUCACUCUUAUUUCUUUCCCCAAAUAGAUUCCUUUCCCUCUGCUUCAACCAUUCCUGUCGGCAAAUCUUCUUCUUCUUCUCCUUAUAGAACCAGUAAAUCUCAUCCAAGCUUUCACCUUUCCCCUCAUCUCCGAUUUCUCCUUCCAUUUUCGAUUUUUCCUCUCAUCUUCAAUCUUUGAGUCAAGACAAAACCAAAGGAGGCCAGAGGUGAGUGAGUGUCAAAAACAGUAAGGAUGUGCCCAGAUCUGCAGAUCGGUAAUGGUGGUGGUGACAAUAGUGCCCAGAUCUGCAAAUCGGUGAUGGUGGUGGUGACGAUAAUGCUAUCACGAUUUCCCUCAUCUCCGAUUUCUCCUUCCAUUUUCAAUUUUUCAAGGAAGCGGUUCAAGAGGGCUGUCAACGUGAUUUUUGGAGAUGGAGUCCGGCAUCCGACUGCAACCAACUCGUCCGGCAUCCGACUGCAACCAACUCGUCCGGCAUCCGACUACAGCCAACUCAUCCGGCAUCCAGCUGCAACCAACUCAACAAUAAUGGUGAGGGUGGGAAUUUUGGAAAGAAAAGAAAGGGUGUACAAAAAAGAUCAAAGGAGAAAUGGUACUUCUACCAUGAAUAGUCAUAUUGAAUGUUGCUUGGAAAAUCCUAGUAAUUUGAAAAAUAAUACACUGUUGAAGUAUGUUAGUAAAGUAGAUGGAAGUAAGACAGUGAUUGAUUUAGGAACUUGGAAGUUUGAUGAAGGUGCAGUGAAGAGAGCAUUAGCUGAAAUGUUAAUCAUUGAUGAGGACUCCUUUAGCUUAGUUGAAAAAUUAGGCUUUAGGAGGUUUUGUGAAGUAGCAUUGCCACCAACUUUUAAAAUUCCAUCUAGAAGAACCAUCACUAGACAAUGUUAUGACAUCUAUGUAGAACAUAGAACUGCCUUGAAAUAUUAUUUCAAAGAAUCAAAUUUUAGAGUUUCAUUAACCACCAACACUUGGACUAGCUUACAAAGAAUCACUUAUAUGAGCUUGACUACUCAUUUCAUUAAUGCUAAGUGGAAGUUACAUAAGAAAAUACUGUGUUUCUAUCCUGUUGAUAGCCAUAAAGGAGAUGAGUUGGGAGAUCUUCUUGUUAGAUGUUUGAAGGAUUGGGGGUUAGAGAAAAUUGAUGCAUUAACUGCUGAUAAUGCAUCAGCAAAUGAUGGACUUGUGAGGGUUUUAAAAGAUGCAGUGAAUAAAUGGGGAACUGCUAUUCUUGGUGGGAAAGACAUUCACAUGAGAUGUGCAGCCCACAUCGUAAACUUAGUUGUUGGUGAGGGUACUAAAGAGAAAGAGAUGAAUAAAUCUGUGACUGCAAUUAGGGCUGCAGUUAAAUAUAUUAGGCAAAGUCUUAUGAGGUUAAAGAGAUUUAAGGAGGCUUGUGAGUGGGCAGAAAUUGAAUCUAAAAAGUUAUUGUGUUUGGAUGUCCCAACAAGGUGGAAUUCACUUUAUUUAAUGUUGGACACUGCUAAGAAGUUUGAGGAAGCUUUUGAGAGAUAUGCAAGACAAGACCCACACAUGAAGAAUGAUUUGAAUGAUGGUCCCAAUGCUCCUGGAUUUCCUUCUUGCAUAGAUUGGGAAAAUGUAAGAAGAUUAAUCAAAUUUCUACAUCAUUUCUAUGAGUUGACGGGAAAGGUUUCUGGAACCUUGUAUACUACUAGUAAUUUAUAUCUUCCCGAACUUAGUGAGGUUGAUCAUAUACUUACAAAAUGGGAACGGGAUGUGGAUCUUUAUGAACUUGCUGGUAAAAUGAGAACAAAGUAUACAAAAUAUUGGGGGGAUCCAAGGGAGAUGAACAAAAACAUCUUCUCAGUAGUGGUGUUGGAUCCAAGGUAUAAGAUGGAUUAUUUGGAGUAUUUAAUGUUGAAGAUGUAUGGCCGUAAAUCUGAUGGUCAACUUGAUGAUAAUGGGCCUCUUUAUGUUGCCAUGGUCAAACGUGAGAUGGGAAUAUUGUUUGAAGAAUACAAAAGGUUGAGUUCCUCUACUGUGAAAUCAAGUGACCCUCAAUCAUUUGAUGAACAAGGAAGCAGCUCUAUCUCUGCAACCAAUAUGCAAAGUGGCAAAAAAAAAACAGAGUUGGAGAAGUACUUGGCAGAAGAUCUUGAGGAUGAGAACAAAAAUAUUGAUGUUCUUCAGUGGUGGAAGAUGAAUGAGCAUAGAUUUCCAGUGUUAGCAACCAUGGCAAGAGAUGUCUUAGCAGUUCCAAUAUCUAUUGUUACUUCUGAAUUAGCAUUCAGUACUGGAGGUCGAGUCCUUGAUGCUUUUCAAUCGUCAUUGACACCAAGAAUGGCACAAGCUCUCAUUUGUGCACAAGAUUGGUUGAGAGAUAAGGCUGUUUCUAAUAUAGAGGAGGAGGAUUUGGACACACUGGACAAUUUAGAGAAAGAGUUUGAUAAGAUUCAUUUGGAUUCCACCAUUCUUGAAUGAAUGGUGGAUUUAUAAAUGGUAAGGUACAAG